AUGAAGUACGAUGUCAAGCGGAGAUUAGCUUCUGCACUUUACAUCUUAUCAUGCUUGUCAACCAUAAAUGCAUUACACGUUGUACCGCUUGAGAUCCGCGAGGAUGGACGAAUAGUGCCCGCUAAAAGGGCCGAUUCCGACGCUCCAGACAACUCUGAUGAAUUUUCAGGGUACGGCAACUCAACAGUACCCAUUAGACCCGCUCCAAGACCCGAUCCAAGCCCGUCAUUAAGCUCACAAGGUAAAGCAGCAGUCGCAUCAAACUCACCUUUGUCUUCAUCACUAAUACCCAUCGAUACCCCAGCCACUUCAAUAGCAUCAUCAUCAUCACCAUCAUCAGAUGGAGGCCCGCCACGUGUAUAUACUCCAGCCACGAAUACCCCUUUUGUCUCUAGUGGGAACGAAGAGCCACCAAGAAGAACGCGAGAUCCCCAUGCUAAUUCAGACUUUGCAGCACCGCGGCUGCUGUCGUCAGUUUCAACCUUGGUGCCCGCCAUCUCACGUACAUUGGCCGAUGGCGAAUCAUCUAGACAAAAUCAGCAAUCGCCCGUGACGGCACCUUAUUACCCAACCACAUCUGUCGAGUCUGAACAAACGUCUCCUCAAACUAGCGAGGCAAACGCAGCGACAAUGGAAGUUAGCAAAGUGACAUCAUCUGCAUCGGGAGCCACCCUAGCAGGAGCCCUUUCUUCAAUCAUCAGACCCGCAAUCAACUCAGACUUGUCCAACUCGCGGCUGCUGGCGUCAGACUCACCCUAUGCCGCAACCAAGUUGCUGAUUGUUACUAGUAGUACAUCGUUGACAACAAGCCACUCCGAACCAACAACCGAAUCUAGUCUCCCAGGAGUCGCCAAAGCCGCAUCCGACUCGGGAUCACCCCACCCAACUUCAAGCGCGGCCAAUACGGUAGUUCAAUCGUCUACAGCUGCAGCUGCAACUACAGCUCUAACUACAACGCCACCCGAUGAACCCAAAGAUCAAUCAACUGCAGCUACACCACCCGAAGUUGUAACAUCAGAUUCCACAAUAUUAGCUGCCGGGGCUUCACUAACGGCCUUUGCUGGUCUUUUAGGUGACGAUGGUGACGAUGAUUCUUCUUCUCUCGGGGAAUCGCUGCAUACUCACCUCUCGCCUCCUGUCUCAUCUACACUUUCACCAGUCACCACCACCAGCUCAAUAUCGUCUUUUGAAUCACAUGCCACAGCAAAUACUGCUUCAACUUCCCAAGUCGCUACUGGCACCACAUCAACAGCAUCACCACUCGCUCUUUCUUCAUCCCAGCCUUCUAUUGCGCUGACACCCGUUACAGGCUCUUUCAGAUCACCUGAAUCAUCGGCUCAGUUUGUUUCAUCCCCAUUGACAACAGCACCAACAACAGCAGUAGCAAGCUCCAGCGCCUCUACAGACCGUGCUAUUCCUAGUGGCUCAUCACUCGACCAGUCCACUUUAGCUGAGCAGAGUCUGGCGUUUGUCACUGGUUCUUCAAGCUCCAUUUCAGAGGCAACAGGCGUCAGCUCGGCACCGUCUUUUUCUGAGCUGAGUGCUCAAGCUAUUCAAACAAGUUUAUCAUCAUCAGCCGAGGAUACAUCACUCGCAACGGCAUCCGAGAUUUCUCUAGCAUCAGCAUCAGCCACUUCAUCAUCAUCACCAUCAUCACCAUCAUCACCAUCAUCAUCAUCAUCAUCAUCAUCAUAUUUGUCAAGCUCUUUGGUCAGUCAACCUUCAGAGUCGCUUGUCUCUGGCAGCUUGUCAUCCACUCAUGCUUCAUCGGAUGCUUCGUUGUCACUGGCGCUGCAAAUAUUGAACGCUGUUUCUUCAUCCCUUGGAUCAUCCAACGAAAUCUCAUCCGCAACUUCUACUGGGUUGGCAACGGCAUCUGAGCACACAGGCUCGCCUCUUGGUUCAUCCUUGGGUUCAUCGAUUGUCACUGACUCUAGUGCUGCUUCACGCACUCCUAGUGCUAGCUCCGAGCUUGCAGCUUUGGUUACACCCUCAUUAUUGUCUAGCUCGGGAUACCUUGUUUCAAGUCACACAACGCUUGGCGCUUCAAGUAUAGAGGAAGUUUCAAGCGAAUGGCAUCUGGCAGAAAGUAGCCCGGUUCCAAUCAUAUCAAGUGGCUUGAGAAGCUCCUCCCUUUCUGCCAUGGUGGCUAUAACUUCCGGCACCGACUUGAUUUCUGCCACAGAGUCCGUCAUUGCUUCUUCAGACGCUUCUAGAUCUGCAUUUCAAACACAGUCGUCGCCAUCGUUGGCAUCGUUGGCAUCGUUGACAGCAGUCAGUGGUUUAGCUUCUAGUCACACAACAGACACCGAAGUUUGGGACUCUAGUGCUGCUUUGGAAAUUCUGAGUGGCUCGUUGUCAAACGGACUCAUUGCACAUCUGCAGCUCACAUCGACUUUGGAAACCGAAGCCAUUUCCCACACCGAGUCUCCAUCUUCGACUGCAAUUAGUGGAGUGGUGGUUUCUUCGCAUGCUGCUGCAUCUGACUCCGGUUACCAGUCCCUUUUUGAGUCAUCUGUUGCUGAGGGUUCAUCUCUUGACAGUCACUUGCUAGUCAGCGGUACUGUUUCAAGUUCUUUUGGGUCGUCAACUUUUGGUGAGGCAGCUGUGCCCACCACCACCACCACCUCUGCCAACACAGGGUCAGAAUCUUUGUCAGGGUUAGGGCCGCAAAUCUCUGGUUCAAGUGGAGCAACUUUGACAGCUUCGCCAUCUGAAGUUUUGGUAACAGAGUCAAGUUUUUCAAGUGAUGAAGUAUUUGUCCAUUCAUCUGCAUUGGGAUCCAGUUUUACAGAUUUGACCAAUGCGACUGAAACCAAUUUAGGUUUAUUCCCUACAUCUGGCGCACUGACCGACUUGAGUGCAGAGUCGCAUGCGUCCGCCUCAUCCACCAUUGCCGAAGAUAGCACGGGUACCUGGGCCACAGCAUCAACCACAGCUGCAGCAUCAGCAAAUAGCGCUGCCGGCUCGGAGGUAUCAGGCAGCUCAACCGAUGAAGAUGGAGAAGGAACGGGUGUCGGUUCUGCAACUAGCGAUGCCACAAUUACUGGCUCAUCAGUUCAUACAAGUGGCACCACUGCAUCCAGCGGGCAAGGAACUGCUUCAGCAAAUCCAUCAGGUCAGCAGACAAUUAACCUGUCAACUGCACUUGCUGCCCAAUUAUCGGGGCAAGAGUCUGACGGAGUGUCCGAGACUGAAGGUUUCGCUCCAACCACAUCUGCAACCAUCACUGCGCCACCAACCACAUCGACGGGAGUGGCGCGUGCGGGCGGAUCCACUAGUUCGACCAAGAACUGGUUGCCCUCGUCCUUGGUGAUGGCCACAACACCUUCUAGGGACGCCGAGAACACCUCUCAGUCGGAAAUUGAAGAAGGCUCGCCUACACCAGACUCAACAUCGGGCUUGCCACGCGCCAUCACCCCGGAGGCCACCAGCGCGCCCAAGAGUGGAUACACAAUCAUUACUGUUGGUUUCAAGAAUGCGUUGAAUUACCCCUUUGUCGUAAACAAUACAGUCACAUCAGCUCAAAUUUUCCUGUUCUUGCCCGGUGUCUUGACUUUUCCCUUUACCAACACUAAAGGAUUUGGUGACGUUACUGUUAAGCAAUUGAUUCCAUACCAGGCUGCAAGCAUCAACUACACCAUCACCGUUGCCGAGGUUUAUUUUCCUUCCAACAGUAUAAUGACGCUAAGCCAGUUGAUCUCUAGUCCUGAUUCGAUGAUUUACAAAAAUCCAGAUGGCAUUCAAAACACUUUAGCGUCAUUGAUCGACAGUCGAAUACCGCUUAUUGGAUUAGACGAGUCGGAUCAGCGGUCUAUCGGUUUAUCAUCGGGAAAUAAUGCACCUGUCAACCCCAAUGGGUCCAUGGAUAUGGCGUACACUGACCAAACAAGCUCGACCAAAGAGAGAGUUGCGGGCAUAACAGUCGGCGCGGCAGCAGGGUGUGGUUUAUACAUGGGUUUGAUGGUUUUGUUGUUUGCCAAAUUUAGAAGGAACAAUAAAAACGUUGAGUUGCCCUUGUCGGACUCGGAGUCCAAUUUCGGCAUGUCUAGUGACGACUUCUUCACCACGGACGACAGUGCCUCGGGCUUUUCUGCUAUCUUUACGAGAAUCAAUAACGGGUGUAUUUUGAAUGGCGAAGACCAACGACCUCAUCCUGAAUACUCACCUCAAUUACGCGGACCUGGUGCAAACAAUAUAUCUGAGCCCGUGCAAGCUUCCAAUUCGUUGGGCUGGUAUCACUAA